GGCAAGUGAUAAUUUUUCACAGAAUAUUUCGAAAUUGGGAGUCCAGCAUGUUAAUUCGGCAUUUUUUGUAAUGUAGGCGAUGAUAAGGGGACCAUAUAACACUUAAAGGACUAUAAUACUUCUUGUCACAGCUUGGUACUUCGACCGCUGACCACAAAAAUUAACACACAAUAUUCCACUCGGCAACGCCAGGGCUUUCAUUGAUUUCUUGUGUACUACGACGGCAGACACGUCGAGGUGCCCGUGAGAACAGUGUCAGGAGAGCGAGGCGUGUAUGAUGGGCGCAACGGCUGGUUGGCCACAAGAUAGUCCCCCUAACGAUUCACACUCUUCCGGCCCAGCGACCGCAGUGGGAAGCGUCCCAAUAAGCCUCGAUCAGUAGUGGCCCACUGGAGCGGCCCACUAAAGCGGCCCUCAGUUGCGGCCCACUGACCCGACUAACCUCCGCUCUCCUCACCCGCGCCGCAUGCAACAAUGGCCACAGAUGCGCAGCGGCGGCAGUUAUGUCCGCGGCUGCUGGACUACAUGGUGGUGGUCGGGGCGCGCACUCCCGGUAGGGCCGCCCCCGUGCAGCCCCCUGAAUUGCUCCGGAGGUAUCCACCAGAUGACCACAAGGACUUCCCCUUGCCACUGGACGUGAUAUACUUCUGCCAACCUGAAGGAUGCAUUUCUGUCGGACCCAGGACGUCCUUGAGGAGGCUUCGUCUUUCUGUCUUCACCCUCACCGACAAGGACUCUGGCAAGACACGUUAUGGCAUCUGCGUCAACUUCUAUCGUGCUGUAGAGAGAGGAUCAACCAGUGGUCCGACUACGACACGAGGUCGGGAUCGCGGGUCAUCCUUCAAGCGGGAGUCUUGGAGGACUAGCUUAGACAAGAGCUCAGACUCUGCGUUUUCAAGUGACCAGCGGUCCACCCUAGCCCCCAGCGACAGCGAGAGGGAGUGCCCGCCCUCGCGCCGGGACUCCUCCUCGACGUCGCCCGCCUCUCGCCUGGGGGUGAAUGUGCCCGCCAACGACUCUGACACCGGGGGGUCGCACUCCCCCUCGCCGCGCGCCGCCAGGAAGAGACAGCGUGUCCGAAAUCACUCUCUGACAUCACUGUGCAUAAUAUCCCACCACCCAUUCUUCAGUGCAUUCAGAGAGUGUCUAUUUCUCCUUCGCCGCAUGAUAGAUGCUUGCAACGAAAAUGCAUCUCCAAGAAGAGUAGGAGCUUCACGGCAAAAUAACAGGGACACAGUGUGGAGUGUUAUGACAGGUCGACCGCAUGAAGGGGUUUCCAGUGUUGUUAUGCAUGAUGUUAGGGAGAUUGAGACAUGGAUCCUUCGAUUGUUAUCUGCUCCAGUUUGUGUACCAGGAAAAACCAGAGUUGAGCUGGAAUUAUUGUCAAGAGACUUCCAACCACCCUUAACCUUUGCAUUGCCUGACCACACUAGGUUCUCCCUGAUAGACUUUCCACUACAUUUGCCUUUGGAACUGUUGGGUGUUGACUCUUGCAUCACAGUGCUUGAACUCAUUAUGCUUGAACAGAAGUUGGUGUUACAGUCACGUGACAACAAUGCAUUGUCCAUGUCGGUGCUAGCCUUUGUAGCCAUGAUCUAUCCACUGGAGUACAUGUUCCCUAUCAUUCCACUUCUGCCAACUUGUAUGAGCUGCUCAGAACAACUUCUUCUAGCACCCACUCCCUUUAUCAUUGGCAUCCCAGCCUCUUUUCUCCUAUACAAAAAGCACUUUAGCUUGCCAGAUGAUGUAUGGUUGAUUGACCUAGAUGCCAAUAAAAUAACAGCACCUCCACAGUGUGAUGACAUUCCUCCUCUGCCAGAACCUGAGUGUACCAUACUGAAGAACCACCUUAAACAAUCCACCAAUGAAGCAAGUGGCCAACCCCAGAAGGAGAGACAGGAAGAGGCUCCAUCCUUCUCAAGUUUGGCUGACCAGCUGACUGUGCAGGCCAAACGAGCAGCUGAAGAAGCCUCAAAAUCAGUGUCAGUUGCAAGCAAGCAAGCUAUUGAGGCCAGUAAACAAGCCCAACAGGCCAGCAAAUCAACCCUAGAUGACAUAUCCUUCAUGGGGAAACAUACCUUUGGUGAUAUUACCAAAACAGCCAGAGAGGCCGCAAAGGGUAGUUUUUUCAAUAAAGUCAGCUUGAAGGCUCUUGAACUUCGUGAAUCUUCCAUUGAAGGGAAAAUUUCUGGAAUUAGCACAGCAGUUGGUAGUGGUACACAUAGUGUUGUGUCUGGAGGGGUAACAGGAGGAACUGGUACAGUUGGACCUAGUGUAAGAGCACCACCUGGAGUAGGCAAUCCACCUCCUGUUCCUCACAGAACACCACCUGCAACAGUGCCUUCAGCAUCACCACCUGUGCAUCCUAGGGGGCAACCACCUGUGCCUCCUCCAAGGUCACCUAAGCCAUCACUUCAGAGUCAAGCAGCUAUUCAGGCUCCAUUUCCACCACAGCCUCAAACUAGCCCUGCUCAUGCACAGCCUCCUAGUAGGAAUGGUGCAUCUCCUGGGCGACUGUCUGUUGUCAGCAGUUCAGGAGGGAGCAGUAUAGGUGGUCUAGAUAUAACUAGUACUGGAAGCAUCAGUGGUAGUAGUGGACUAAGCAGCAGUGGUGGGGGAGGAAUUAGUACGCGGCGGCAAAGCACUGCCAGUAGCACAGGUGCUCGUUCUCCCACGAUGACAUCCUCCUCUUCACGAGAUUUUCUCACAAAUGUUAGCUCGGAGCUCAAUGAUUUUGCACAGCAGACUUCCAGUUUAUUUAGUGAUAUUUUUGUAGAAAAUGGCCAUGGCAGUUCAUCCAAGGCAGAAGUACAGCCAGCUAGAAGACUAAGCCGUUCUCUAGUCCGUUCAAGAGGGCCAGGGAGUCGCAGCGUCAGUCCCUCCAACCUUGGUGUGGCGUCCUCCAGGACCAGGGAGAGGGCGCAGCCUUUUGGACCCUUCCCUAAAGGACGAAAGGGCCUUGUGGAGAAGUCAUCUCUUAUUCGCCACUCUGUAUCUGCUCAGCGAAGAGCUGAACUCAAUAAGAUAGCAUCUAUAGAACAAAGAACAACUUCUGCUUCUGAAAACCAAGCUUUCUUGAAAGAUGUAUUAACACAGGUGAUAGAAGGAGAAGGCAUUGGCUGGCUGAAGUUAAAUCGUGUUCGUAAAUUAAUGGAAGAUGAAAGUUACAGAAUGCUUGUUGUCUCAGGCCUAAACCGCACACUUGAGAGGAAAAUUGGUCCAGAUGAUCAUAUUGAUGAUGUUUGUAUUAAAAAACCUGUUUGGAAGGGUAUGUUGAAACUUGUAAAUGCUGUAGUUGCUGGCUUGGAAGUAACUUACAACAGCUUCAGUGGUGGAGGGACCUCAUCUGCUCUUCAGGCAUUAGAAAUAUCUCACACCCACUACUGGAGCCGUGAUCUCUCUGACCCUCAUGUCCUGGACAUGUCCGGGGGCUCUUCUGCUCUCUCUCAGUCUUCCAGUCCUUUGGGCAGCCUUGAGAAUCUUCGAUCUCCCGGAAGUCCCAGAGGGUCACCACUUCCUCCUCACUCUCCGCAGCCGCCUUUUGAUGGGUCAGACUGCUCUAGGAAAUCUUCUCAGUCUGACAGUGCAUUUUUGUCAUCAGGCCCUCGAGUAGUACAUGAUCCACUACGCUCACCCGACACAGAGGGAACUGACACAGCCACACCAGAUGUUCUGCGAGAUCUUCUUGUUCAGAAGAGACAUGUUUUAUUGUCAAAACUUCAGUCACAGGAAUCGGAGACAGGGGACACUCUGCAAGGGUCUGAAGGCCCACCCUCUUGUGGUGCUAGUGACACAGGCUCCAUUAUCACCAACCCUGCCUUCCAGAGACAGCGACCAUCUCACCAGUCAUUCCGAUCUACAGUCUCUGAUUCAGAGAUCGAACAAGGGAAUUUUCACAGAGGAUCUAAGAGAACAUCAAGUAUGUGGUCCAGCAAGUCCUCCCUGUCAACUGGGUUUAGAUAUCAUGCUGGUAAUAUGAUUCCAACCUCUACUACUCCUUCACCGGACUCAGGCAGAACAUACCUCUUUGAAGGUCUAAUUGGUAAGGAAAGAUCACCUUUAUGGGACCAGAUGCAGUUUUGGGAAGAUUGUUUCCUUGAUGCUGUGGCUCAGGAGAGAGAUAUGGUUGGAAUGGAUCAAGGACCCAGUGAGAUGAUGGAGAGAUAUAAUAGUUUGAGUGAGAGUGAACGAAAACGCCUUGAACAUGAAGAAGAUCGUUUAUUAUCAACAAUGUUGUAUAAUUUAGUAGCUUUUAUGGUGAUGGUAAACGUGCGUAAAGAAGAUAUCAAGAGAAAAGUUCGAAGAUUACUUGGGAAAUCACAUAUUGGUCUUGUCUACAGCCAGGAAGUUAAUGAACUUCUUGAUCAAAUAAACAAUCUGCAUGGAAAUGAUAUUGACCUGAAACCCCUGGGAUCCCGACAAAUGCAUCGUCAAAGUUUCACUGUUCAUGCUGGUACUGAUGCAUCUGGUGACCUUUUAUUUUUGGAAGUGAGAGAUGAUGGUUUGAUUCUUCGAUCAGUGGGUGGUGUCAUAGUUGAGCGAUGGUGGUUUGAAAGGCUAGUCAAUAUGACAUAUUCUCCCAAGAAUAAGGUCCUUUGUCUGUGGCGACGCAAUGGUGGUCAAACACAACUACACAAGUACUACACAAAGAAGUGUAAGGAUCUCUACUACUGUAUAAAGGAGGCAAUGGAACGAGCUGCUGCAAGAGGUGUAGGAGCACUGCCAGGUGUAGAACUUGGAGGAGAGUUUCCCGUCCAAGACAUGAAGACGGGUGAAGGGGUUCUUUGUUCGGUUGGACCACAUCAGGAAGUGCUUCACUCAGAAGGGAGGAAUAUUUGUUUUGGAAGAAUAUAAUCCUAAAACACGUCAUGUUAUUCAGCGAAAAUAUAAAUCAGCAAUGGCUGAUCAGAUAUGCUAUGCUGUGCUUUGUGUGUUCUCAUAUGUGGCUGCAGGAAGUGAGCAGAAGAAAAUGGAAGUGGCUGCUGCUGCUGCAGCUGCAGCAGCUCAGAGGAAAUAGUAAAAUCUGCAUAAGACCAGAGAUGAUAUGACAUUCUCUUUAAAGAUUAUGAAAUAUCUUCAUUUAUAUGUAUAUAUAUAUAUAUAUAUAUAUAUAUAUAAUAUAUAUAUAUAU